AACACUGAAGUUCCCCUUCCUCAUUUUAUUCAUCUCAGAACAGUCAGCCAUCCACAGAGAGGAAGGGUGCAAACUCCAGAGCAGAGGGAUCAGCAGACACCACACGAGAAUCUUCUUCAAGCACCAGAGGCAACACAAAAGCAGCUGAGAAAUCUGCCUGGACAAUGGAUAAAUGGAUAGAGGAAGAUACCGAGACCGACAAAGCACAGGAGAGCAGAACCACAAACCUCAAUGAAGACCCAGAUCUACGGAUUGUUCUUGUAGGGAAGACGGGAGGAGGGAGAAGUGCCACAGGAAACACCAUUUUGGGGCAGAAGACCUUUGAGUCCGAACUCUCUCCGAAGCCAGUGACCCAGACUUGCAGGAGAGAAGUCCGAGCAGAGAAGUGGGAGGGGAAACAAGUGGUCGUCAUUGACACUCCGGCCAUUUUUGAUGCCUGCCUUCCAGAGCAGCAGAAUAAUGCAGAGAUCCGGAACUGCCUCUCUCUCUGUGAGCCAGGUCCCCACGCUCUGGUGUUUGUGACGCGGGUUGGCCGUUUCACCGAGGAAGACGCUAAGAUUGCCAAGAGAGUGGAGGAGGUCUUUGGCCCAGAGGCCACAAAGUACACGAUCGUCUUGUUCACCCACAAAGAAGACCUAGAGACAGAAAGCCUAGAGGAGUACAUAAAGCUGUCUGGAAACAGAGCCCUGCAGGAUUUGGUGAGAAAAUGCAAGGGCCGCUGCUGCGCUUUCAACAACAGAGGGAUGGGAGACGAGGAGGAGCUGCAAGUGGAGGAGCUGCUGGUGAAAAUUAAGCAGAUGAUGAUGGAGAACCAGAAGAAGCCUUUCCUUGAGCAGUUUCCAAGAGGAUCUACAAGAAAUGCAGCCGAAAUGAAACCAGAGGAAGAGGCAAUGGACACAGAUGAAAGAGGACCAAGUGAUUUCCCUGAAGAAAGUCUGAAUCUGAUAGAUUCUUCCAGGGGAAGAGACUCCACAACCGCAUCCUCACCACUGGGAAGUCCUGGCCACACCACAUCACUGGGGCACCCUGAGCCUCCCCAACCAACAGGACAACAGGAAAGGCACCCCCUGCCAAUCUCAGGAGGAUCUGGGGCGACCGAUGGAGGGGGAAGUGUUCCAAGAAACCCCUUGGUCCCAGAGCCUGAGAACGUGAGUCGAUCCCACAAGGAUUCAGAAGUGCGGGUCGUCCUUGUUGGGAAGCCUGGCGGAGGGAGAAGUGCCACAGGAAACACCAUUUUGGGGCAGAAGACCUUUGAAUCCAAACUCUCUCCGAAGCCAGUGACCCAGACUUGCAGCAGAGAGGUCCGAGCAGAGAAGUGGGAGGGGAAACAAGUGGUCGUCAUUGAUACUCCGGCCAUUUUUGAUGCCUGUCUUCCAGAGCAGCAGAAUAACCCAGAGAUCCAGAAGUGCCUCUCUCUGUGUGAGCCAGGUCCCCAUGCCCUGGUGUUUGUGACGCAGGCCGGUCGUUUCACCGAGGAAGACGUUGUGGCCGCCAAGAGGGUGGAGGAGGUCUUUGGCCCAGAGGCCACAAAGUACAUGAUCGUCUUGUUCACCCGCAAAGAAGACCUAGAGACAGAAAGCCUAGAGGAGUACAUAAAGCUGUCUGGAAACAGAGCCCUGCAGGAUUUGGUGAGAGAAUGCAAGGGCCGCUGCUGCUCUCUCAACAACAGAGGGACGGGAGAGGAAAGGGCCAGCCAGGCAGAAGAGCUGCUGUCUCUGAUUGAGAAGGUGGUUCAGAAGAACUGGGACCAGCCGUAUCUCAUGCCGCGUCCGAUGGAGAUGUCACUGGGGUCAGAUGGAAGGAAUCCUGGGGAGACUUCAAAGCAGACAGUAGCAGAGGAACCAGUGGAAGAUGAAAUGAAUGCUGGAGAAAUCCCCGAAGGGCAGAAGAAGAAGAAAUCGAAACAUUGGGGGGUGAAGGCAUUUGCUUCUCCUAUGGACUCCCUUCGUUCUUACUUUGACCCAGAAUCUGGACAAGCUUCCAAAGAAGGCAAAGGAGGAGCAGGAAUAUCUCAUCCUCCAAUGUAAACGGAAGCAGUAUCAUCAAUAAACACAGCAGGAUAAUUUGUACCCAGCAUGGGGCAGGGGGGGCAGCUGCCCCCCCCCGAAGCAAAAUAAAUAAAUCGUCCUGCUUCACGAUGGCUGCAGCUGAGCUGGAGAUGCGUUGGGGUCCCACAAGAAGAGCCUGAAGCGGCUCAGCAAGGCACAGCAGCGUUGCUAGCCUUCUGGCUGCCCAGGGUGGCAAAUCAGAAGGCACCCCGCCAGGGGUGGGGUGGGGUGUCCGUCGCGCGCAUAAAGGCUAGCGACGCUGCUGGGAGGAAGGGACCCGCGCGAAGGGAAAGGAGGGGCAAUGGAGACAGGGAAGCGGCUUCCUCCUCUCCGUUUCUACCUCCCCUCCUUGAGCUCCAGUGUGAGGGCAGCGCGGGAGCUGCGUCCCUAACCAGCCUAGCCCAGCCCCAGUGGCGGCAGCGCCGCCACUUACUGCUCCUGCCGGCCAUGGCCCAACGGUGUGCCCAACCCCACUGGCCCCGACUCCGAGGGCUGCACAUGGGCCGCUCCUGGUGGCUGCAACA